GUCUCGCCUCGCCUUGCCCGGCCGUCCGUCACGUCACGACGCGCACGCCUCGCUCAUGGCGUCUUAGCUCGCCGCUUGUCGUCGUCUCUCAGCGCCCCGCUGGUCGCUUCGCGCGUCUUAUAGCGCGCGUCACCGCCGUGGCGCACCACGUCGAUCGUGAUCGUUGCGCUCCUCUGACGAUCAAACACACCUGAUUGACGCGCGCGCCCCGAGGGACGCCGAGAAGCCAACGCGUCGCCGUCGCGGCGAUUUGGGUGGCCGGGAUGCUGCUCCUCCUCGCCGUCGCCGUCGCCGUCGCCGUCGCUCACUCGAUCCGCAAACGUCGAGCCCGUGCCGCGGCGCGAGUUUCUUACCCGCCGUAAUCGCCAUAAUAGCCACUUUAUUGAUUUUUUUCUUUAAUUUCGGCUUUCUUAAAAAAUCGGGUCACAGCACCCGACAGCACGGCCUGAUGUACCUCGCUGUUAAGAGAUCGUGUCUCGUUCGUGCUACUGUUAUUCGUGGGUGUGCAAUGGUGACGCGUGGACGAGCGUCGGGUAUCCUGGAGAGACGAGGAAAGAGCGAUAUGCGUGUUGACCCGCGAGCAUAUGCUUUCAGACCUGAUGACGAUCGAAAUGAUCUGUUUUGCAGACGCGUUUUCGCCGCGAUGUAGACUCACGGCGUUCAUAUUAAUGAGUAUAGAUACUGUUGUAUGAAGUGACUAUUUCAACCAUGACGAGUAAUGUAGCAACUAUAAAACUGGAAGAGGGACAAGAGUCUGUUACGGAAAUACAAACUUACUUGGAGACUUUCAAUAAAGAGAUAGAAGGUGGACAGGGAGAACAGUUGCAACAUGUGCAAUUACAACAAGUGGAGGGACUGUCUGGUGGAGAAGAAGGUGGGACAUACUUUGUGGAUCAGUCUGGGCAGUAUUACUAUCAGGCUAACAGUGAUGAAACACCUGUGAUGACACAAGUGCAAAUACAAGAAGUAGAAGAAUCUGAUGUACAAAAUGAAGGUGAAGUAGUUCAAGAGGAACAAUAUCAUGAGAUUGAAGAGCUUGAGAAUGUCGAAGGUGAAGAGGAGGCCCAAGUAUCUAACACUGAAAGCAAUCAAGUUGUAAUUAAUUCUGGUGAUGCAUAUCAAACUGUCACGAUUGUACCAUCCGAUACAAAUCCUGGGGAAGUCAGUUAUGUCCUGAUAGUUCAGCAACCUGAAUCUGAAGAUAAAGAUGCUAGGCCUGCAGAAGCCGAAGCAGCAGAGGGAGAGGAAGGAGAGGGCGAACAGGAUCUGACUGUGUAUGACUUUGAAGAUAAUGAAGACAAUGAAGCUCCAGUAGAGUCUGAAGCUGAAGAUGAUAAAACUAAAGUUGUGAAAUUCCUUCCAAAGAAAUCUCAAACUGUCACACAAGCACACAUGUGCAACUACUGCAAUUACACGAGUCCAAAACGAUAUCUUCUCUCGCGACACAUGAAAUCACAUUCGGAAGAAAGGCCCCAUAAGUGCAGUGUUUGUGAAAGAGGAUUUAAAACCUUAGCUUCGUUACAGAAUCACGUCAAUACUCAUACUGGGACCAAGCCUCAUCAUUGUAAAUACUGUGACAGUGCGUUUACAACCUCAGGUGAACUUGUGAGACAUGUUCGGUACAGACACACCCAUGAAAAACCACACAAAUGUCACGAGUGUGACUAUGCGUCGGUCGAGCUGUCGAAACUCAAGAGACAUAUUAGAUGUCAUACAGGAGAAAGACCUUAUCAGUGUCCACACUGUACAUACGCAAGUCCAGAUACGUUUAAAUUGAAACGUCAUCUUCGCAUUCACACUGGAGAAAAACCGUAUGAGUGUGAUCUUUGUCCGGCGAGAUUUACUCAAUCCAACAGUUUGAAAGCUCAUAAAUUAAUACAUAAUGUAGGCGACAAACCAGUAUUCCAAUGCGAAUUAUGUCCAGCUACGUGUGGAAGAAAAACCGAUCUCAGAAUUCACGUGCAAAAGUUACACACUUCUGAUAAACCUUUAAAAUGCAAGCGUUGCGGAAAAACAUUCCCAGAUAGAUAUAGCUAUAAAUUGCACAGUAAAACUCACGAGGGAGAGAAGUGUUACAAAUGCGAUCUGUGCCCGUAUGCGUCGAUAUCGGCGCGUCAUUUGGAAAGUCAUAUUCUUAUUCAUACUGACCAGAAACCGUACCAAUGUGAUCACUGCUUUCAGUCAUUCAGGCAAAAGCAGUUACUCAAACGGCAUUGCAAUCUCUAUCACAAUCCUACUUACGUCCCUCCACCGCCACAGGAGAAAACUCAUCAAUGUCCCGAAUGCAUAAGAGCGUUUAGACAUAAAGGAAAUCUUAUCCGACAUAUGGCUGUUCACGAUCCCGAAUCAUCCCUGCAAGAAAAACAGCAAGCUCUUAAGAUCGGUAGACAAAAAAAGAUUCAGAUUAUUGACGGUCAGCGUGUCGAAGUAAUGACAGGUAAUGAUAGCAGUGAUUUAGCUUCUAAACUUAAAGGUUACGAGGACGAAGAAGAAGAAGAGGAUGAAGAAGAUUCAAUGAUGGCGGUUCAAGGCAGCGAUGGCCAACAAUACGUCGUGCUAGAAGUAAUCCAAUUAGCGGACAAUCAAGGAAGCGAUCAGAUGGCUGUGGUCGCAAGUGAAGAUGGUGAGUUGGUAAUGCAAGAUCCUUUAAGUCAAGAAAAUAGCAUAGUAACGGGGACAACAGAGGAGAUCGAUGAAGUAGAAGAAGAUGAAGUAGAAAUUCAAGAAAUGAAAAUAGAGGCCGUUACGAAUAAAUCUUCAACACAGAACGCACAAAGCGAUCCAAAGUUGCAAAAGGAGAUGGAAACCUGUUUCGGUUUCGAUGAAGAAGAAGAAGAAGAAGAGGAGGAAGAAGGUGGUAGUAAUAUAAACAUGUUACAGGCAAUUUCGUAAUAACAAAUACAAAAAGAAUGUACCUACUUUAUAGUCUAAUGUUUUACUUUCUUCCCAGUGUAAGUGUACGUAAAAAAGAAAAAAAGCACCAAAAGAUUGAGAGAGAAAGGCAAAGAAAUUACAUGCAUGUUUAUAGAAAAACUGUGAAUGCAGUUUAUCAUUCAAAAAUACUUUGCAUAGCUCUCAGUGGAACUAUUUUGCAAAAACAUCGGGCCACAUGUAUGGUACAACUUCGUUUGCCACUAGUGCAUUAGGUACACGUAAUUAUUUAUAAAACUAUUAUAGUUUUGCGGUUUAGCAGAAUAUCAAGAAAAAAAGUGUACAAUUAUGAUGUUGUAAAAUAUGAUUUAUGUUAUCAUUAUUGAAAACUAUUAACUCUUUACAAAUGACAUUAACACGUAAGUUAAGUCAUAUUACAUAUGAUAGUAUGUAGUAAUAAGGAGAAAUAUAUUUCUUAAAUUAAUAUGCUUUAGUUUAGAAAUAUAUUUAAUAAGAUGUCUUGGCAUAAUAUUUUUAAAUAAGUUUAUUUAAAACUACGAAGAAAAUAGAAGCUGGUCACGGUUUAUAUAAAUGGAAUUAAUAUUAAUUUUGUUAAAGAUAGUUAAUAAAGAUGAAACUAGGAAGAAUAAUACGAGGCUGCAAUGUAAAUAAAUGCUUUCCGUCAUAUCUCAAUAUAGAGACCAUUCUGAAGUUUCAGUGUAAAAAAUAUCGAGAAAGAAGUGAUAAAUUCGUUUAUGUAAGAAGUAUUUUAUAUUGUCUAAUGUAAGCAACUUUUUUUAUGUUAAUAAGAAACUGGGAUGAAAUAGAGAGAAUUACGAAUCAUAAGUUAAAAUACGCUGGUUUCAUAGAUAUAAUAAGUUUACAUAUAAAUAUAUAUAUAUACAUAUAUCUAUUCUUCUACGUUAUAUAUAUAUAACGUUUUCAUUCGUAGUACAAUUAGGAAGGAGGUAACGAUUUGUUAGAUAAAAACACUAUGUAGUUUAUCUUAUUCUUCGAUAAAACAAUUUCAGUUUGCGACAUUAUAAAUAAUUAUGUAAUUCAACAUAAUUAUAUGUAAUGAUCUAAUUGAAGUUAUUUAGGCAACAGCUUGUGCAUAAGAUCAUUGUGUGCAAACUUCUAUGUGUAUUAUUUAUAUGAUUCUUUUUAUUAUAGAAUAUAUAUUAAAUGUGAUUUGUAGGGAGAACAAAUUCUUGCAAACUUACCGUUAGAUUCACGCUCUGUAUACUGUACUGUACUGUAAUUACCGCGAGUUUUUUCACAUCUUACACUAAACAGAAUUGACAAGUCUUUGAUAUAUGAUAAAUACGACUCUUUAAUCACGACCUCGCACGUAGUGUUUCCAGUUUAUUACGAAGGCAUAGUGAAUCCAUCUGAGUGUUUUGAAUAUUCUGUCACUUUACGAUAAGACAUAUGAUAAUGAGAUAUCGAAUGAGAAGAUGAUAGAAUUCUUUUUACAUGAAUACUAUGCGCUUAUGCCUUUAUAGCUGGAAAUAUUACAGUUUUUCAGUAAAAAUCGUUAGUUUUACAUUUUUUAACAUUUUAUAGUAGAUCAGUAAUGGUAUUCCGGAUCAAUAAUAUUUGUCGGUGUUCUAUUUAUGAGAAAAUCGUUUAUUGGAGAACUUUGUAGCAAUCUUUUUUCAAAUCUGCCGUGUAUCGUUUAGUUGUACUAAACACAAAAAGAUACAUAAAGAUGUUGCUUUGCUACUAAUUGCUACUGUGUUAACUGCCGCAAAUAAUAUUUCUUAGUAAGAUACCGACACAAACGUUGUUAAAAGUAGUACGGAAUAUCUUUACGAAUAUGUUAUACGUAUGACGUUGUUUAAGAUCCCACACUGGGUAAGAAUAAAAAACAGUAUGUAGUUAACGUUUAUACACUGUUGCUCACAACAAUAAGUUUGUCCUGCUUGUCCAAGAUAAGCGCAAUGAAUAUUGUAAAAAGUAUGUACAAUUUUUUUUACACGAAUUGUACAAUUGUAAUUUAGCGACUUAUAUACGCUGUUUAAAGUUC